GGCCGCUUCAGCUGACAUUCUGCAUGAUGGCGACAGGGGUUCAGAGCGGCGACCUCGACAAUGGCACUUCUAGCCGGCUCGAAGUCUCUAUCGACGGCCUCACCCUCAGCCCCGACCCGGAGGGAGAGCAGGGGCAGGUGGGCGAACCGGACCCCGAGCCUGCGGGACCGGAGCCCGACGCACCGGGUGCCGCCGGAGCGGAUGAUGGGGAGGAAGGCGAGACUGCCAAAUCAACGAUAGAGAAGAAAUGGGGCUUUCCCUUACAAGAGCUUUACGGAAUGGCCCUUAAAUUUUUUAAAGAUAAAGACGGCAAGGCCUUCCACCCGACCUACGAGGAGAAGCUUCGACUGGUGGCUCUGCACAAACAGGUGUUACUGGGCCCUUAUAACCCUGACGCCUCGCCGGAGGUGGGCUUUUUUGAUGUCCUGGGCAAUGACCGCAGGAAAGAGUGGGCGUCUCUGGGCAGUAUGGAGAAGGAGGAGGCCAUGGUGGAGUUCGUCAAGCUGCUUAACAAGUGCUGUAACCUCUUCGCACCCUAUGUCACCUCACACAAAAUCGAGAAGGAAGAGCAAGAGAGGAAACGGAGAGAGGAGGAGGAGCGUCAGCGGCGGGAAGAGGAGGAGAGGGAACGACAGAGGCAGGAGGAGGAGAGGCGGAGGCGCGAGGAAGAGGAGAGGUUGAAGAGGGAGGAAGAGGAAAGGAGGCAGGCCGAAGAGGAGAGGCUACGAGUUGAGCAGCAGAAACAACAGAUCAUGGCAGCGCUGAACGCCCAGACAGCAGUGCAGUUCCAGCAGUAUGCUGCACAGCAGUAUCCCAACAGCCCAGAGCAGCAGAUGGGCCUCAUCCGUCAGCUCCAGGAGCAGCACUACCAGCAGUACAUGCAGCAGCUCUACCAGGUCCAGCUGGCCCAGCAGCAGGCAGCCUUACAGAAGCAGCAAGAGGACGCAGUGGUGCAGGCCACCCUGGAGGCUAGCAGCUGCAGCAGCGGUGAACCUGGCCCUGCCUUGGUCUCGGCAGCAGCACCGUUAUGUGCAUCGUUGCCUCCCGCUGGCGAGGAAGUCCCCACAGUGAAUGGAGGCCAGUCGGACUCUUACUCAGAAAGCAUGGAGCGGGAGCCGGAACCCGAGCCAGCAGAGGAGGUCUCAGAGAAUGGGCCCUUACUAGCAGACUCCCCGCCGGUGAUAGCUGCUCCCUCCAUGUGGACGCGGCCGCAGAUUAAGGACUUCAAGGAGAAAAUCCGACAGGACGCAGACAGUGUGAUCACAGUGGGUCGUGGCGAGGUGGUGACUGUGCGCGUGCCCACCCACGAGGAAGGCUCCUACCUGUUCUGGGAGUUCGCCACCGACUACUAUGACAUCGGCUUCGGGGUCUUCUUCGAAUGGACGGACGCAGCCUCUGCCUCUGUCAGCGUGCACGUGUCGGAGUCCAGCGAUGAGGACGAGGAUGAUGAAGGUGACCCCCCUAGUGAGGAGGAGAAGGCCAAGAAGGAGGCAGGCAAGCCUCAGGUGGACGAGAUCGUGCCGGUGUACCGGCGGGACUGUCAUGAGGAGGUGUACGCCGGCAGCCACCAGUACCCCGGCCGCGGUGUCUACCUGCUCAAGUUUGACAACUCCUAUUCACUCUGGCGCUCCAAGAGUGUUUACUACAGAGUCUACUACACCAGAUAAGCCUGAACACAGACACAGGGGGAGCCAAGGAGUGUGUGUGUGUGUGUGUGUGUGUGUGUGUGUGUACGUGUGUAUGAGUGACUGGGUAAGUAAGUGUAUGCGUGUGAAGGAGAAGGUGAUUCCAGGUCUAUUCUGGACAAAAACCACCAGAGGGCGGCAAAGAGACACAUCUAGAGCCCUACAGCGGAGACUGGACUUCUAUAUAUGUAUGUGUGAAUGUAUGUAUGUGUUUGUCCCAGGAUACACCCAUGCUAGAGCCUGUCAUGAGCCCUUGGAAGGAGAGAGUGUAUCCCUAUAGUGUAUUCACCACCUGUCCUUGCUGCGCUCACAUAGAGACCAAACUGUAGGACUUUGCUCUCAUAAUUGUAUUUUACUACUUUUCACCCUGUGUUCUUCUGUGACACCAUAAUAACUCCCCCUGCCCGUAUUUUCCACUGUGGCCUUUCCGGCUGCUUCUGCCCUGAGUGAUGCUUUCAUAAUCUUGAGCUGAUGCCCAGUCAGUCCAGCGCAAGCUGAAGUUAUAGUGGUUUGUGUGUCCCACAAGAACAGAGAUACUCUAAUGUUGAAGAAUCGAAUAUUACAGAUGCACUACAGAACACUUUGCCUUUGCUCCACAGAGGCUCUGGGUGUCUGAGAGGCCUCGGUCACACACAAACACAUACAGAACACCAGUGUACACAAAGUUAGUCACCCUCCUAUUUGUAAAACAGUCACCCCACCUUCUCUUCUUUACCCGCUGUGCAUAUAUGCAAAUCUGAGAGGACUGCAUCUCUAGAAGCAGCCCUUUCUCUUACUAGUGGGCAGAAACCGUCUGUUUAUCUAGCACAUCUCACGCCUGAUGCAGUGCUCUCAGAUGGACUUAAAGGACCAUGCCGGUGAUUUUGCAUGUUUCUGGAAUGUAUAACCGUCACGUUUCUAUUUUUUUUCUCCCAAAGCAAGCAGUCGUAUUUCAGAAUUCUAUGAUUUUUCCUACUUUUAUCCAGUUUCCAUUCACUCCACUAUAAUAUGAAAAUGAACUUUUAGAGACUUCAAACUUUCUUCACACCAGUAUUCUAUUACCGCAAUGAAGUCGUCCACAUUAGUUUUCCUGAAAGCAGCAGCACUGUUGUGUUUUGCUGGCUGCUGAUUGAAUGGAGUGAAAUGGUCCCUCAGCCAGGAAACAGUCUCCAGAAAAAUGUUUGCUUUCCACAGCAAGUUAUCAAUUCUGUGUUUUAUGAAUGGUGAUGACGAUCUUAGCAACAGUAGCCGAACAUUACAAGGUGCCCCCUCUGGGUUUGCAGAAUGGCUUGUUGCAAUGUAAAAUGUAACGACAUUGUACUAAAUAGCCCAAACAUUCAAAAUCACUGGUAUGGUUAAUACCAAGUGCACAUUAGUAGGUUACUGGAGUUUACUGACAGAUUACGAAGGUUGGACAGUAUGGCAUUUUACAGUUUAGGGUGGGCUUCAGUGAAGUGUAAAGGAGAGAGUACACAAAAUAACAUGUACAUGGGAAAGUAUGACUUAGGGCCCUCUGGCCUUACAAAGUCAAGCAUUGCAGUUUGGGAUACAGGAUAAGAAAUAAGAUUGUGUCUGAAAACAGAAUUUACCAAUAAAUAUUUAUUUUUUCCCCUUUUUUCUUAGAAUAGAUAUCAUUUUUGUGUCUGUACAAUGCCAUUUCAGUUUAUUUCAUCUCCUUCUUGAGGGCUGUGCCUCUAGUUUUCCAUGUUUCCUACAUGAUCAUCAAGAGGCAGAGACUGAUCAUUAAGAGGAUGAUUGCAUCAAGUCAUCAACCCCCCAUCAGUUAUCAAGCUUUCAAAGAAGAGAGGCUGUUUGAAAGUAAUCUUGCCAGAGGUUCUGCUGUUAGUCACUGUGUGUGGUGUCUGUCAUUUGAGGGUCACGUCACUGUUACAUCUCUGCAGUUCUCAGACACUGAAACACUGUUAUCCAAAAUGCACAGUAUUGCUGUUCCCUUUUCUUUCUUCAUCAUAUACAGUUACUCAGUUUGACAUCAUAAAUAUGGUAUCGUGAAUAAACUGAGAUGACUUACUCGUGUCUUGGGUGACGUGGUUACUGACUAACUCUGUUGCGACAUCUAAGUGCAUAUAAAAGCUGGAUUUUCAACUUUUUUUUUUUUUUUUUUGGCUUUUUUUUUUUGGCUUUUUUUCCCCCUUUGCCACAGUUUUUUUUUUACAUUCUGUUCCCUCACCUCACAUUGCAUUUGCAUGCCUUGUGUGUCACUUGUCCAACAUCUACCACCUAUGUGCAUUGUCAGCAAUGCUGUAUGAACUGUAUCCUGUCUACUUGUGAAGGAUGGAUGUUGAAUGAGGUAUUGUUCUUGUUUUUUUGGGGUUUGGUUCUUUUCAGUGUGUGUGUCAGACAUUUGUGUUCACUUUAUCACACUGACUGAGCUGAUUAUUGUACAUUUUUGUUAUGUGUAUAUGCAACCUAAGUUUAAAGACAUAGGCUGAGUAACUUGCAUCUGAUCUCAAACCAAAUUAAUCCUCCAGUGUCCUGGCUGAGUGUCAGUCGGUUAAAGCAUAUGAAUCCUCUUAUUCAUACAAUGAUUUGUGUAACAAAACAUCACUACCUAUGGUAUAGCCAUGCCAUUAAGUUCAAGAAUUACCCACUAUUGUUUGAUGUGUGAUGUUCAUUUUUCUGAAGUACUUAUUGAUCACCAGUGGUGUUGAGAUGAUGUGUUCAAGCCUUGUAUGUAAAUAAUUCUAUAAAUGAGUUUAUGUAUGGGUUUCUAGAUGUGGAAGAAGGCCAUGGGUUUGAGAAUCAAUGCACUGUAAAGUAUGGUGAAUGAAAUAUAUGUACAUUUUACCCCAAAUGAAAGUCCAAAACUCUUUAGGAAAUGUAAAAGUGAAAAAACUCUAUUGACAUGACAGAAAAGCUCAUCUUUUUGUAUUGCUUUGACUUGUUUGGAUCUCUUAUGAGUUGGAAGAUCUUUUUGGGCUUAUAUUUAAUCUUGAUUAAACUUAUGUUCAUCUCUAGA